AUGGCGUCAAAUGUCUCAGCUCUCCAUCAUAAAGGACAAAAACUCUAUCAAAGAGGGGAGUUUAAAGCUGCCGUUGAGGCCUUUGGCGAGGCAUUAAAACAGAGAGACGCAGAUGCUAUUGGCAUUUUGGAUAACCGUGCAGCCACGUUCUGCAAGCUUGAGGACUAUGACCAGGCGCGCCGAGACUCGAGGCACAUGAUCAAAAAGGCCAGCCAGGAUGAGCGCGGAUAUCUACGAUGCGCAAAGGUGCUUCUUCUCGAAGGAAAACCGGGCAAAGCCCUGGAAAUUUAUGCUUAUGGCCUGAAGACGCUUCCGAGUAAACACCCGCGGCGUGACUUAUUGCAACAGCUGCAUAAUAAACUCCAGGAUCGGAUGCUUCUCAAUAAACGAGAUCCUUUUACAAUGCUGCCAUUCGAGAUGGCAAUGAUGGUGAUCCAAGAUUUCUCCUUCAAACAAAUUGUCGGCAUUUUGCGUGUCUGCAAAGGAUGGCAGCAAUUCUUCGGUUCUAUAUCACACUUGUGGAUGAACAUUGAUUUCAGCAUGGCUCGAGCGAACGUUUCUUUUUCCGCGGUCCGAUCGUGCAUCCGGCGAUCAAAAGGGAUGCUCACCCAAGCCACCAUCAAGAAGCUGCCUCUCGCACAAACCCCAAGGACCUUGGAAUUUCUAAGCAGAUGUCCCGAUCUCGAGCACCUGGAGCUCUGGAUAUCUCACCCACAUAAGGAUUUCUUUGGGGUGUUCAAGGGCUCCAAGAAGCUUAGAAGCCUCGUCCUCUCAGCCGACAUGGCGAUUCCACAUGACUAUCUCGGUCGGUUUUUAAUCGAGCUCCCGAAACUUGAGCGCGUCGCUCUUUGGAACACUCAGAACUCAUCUGCAGAGUUUCUUCUUGCGGGGUCCUGGCCCACCUCUCUUCCGAACUUAAAAAGCAUCACCUUAUGCACUACCCAACUACCUCCAUCCCGCCCUUUAACUUCAAUGGCACCUGCUCUCCAUAUUCCUUACAUCGUAUCGGAUAUGAAACCGCACCCUUAUCAAAAUCUGGAGGAGCUAAGGCUAGAGGCGAACCCCCCAAAAGUCCAACCACUUACUUUCCCUUCUAAAGAUGAUCUUGGCACCGAUCACCGUCAAAAUAUUGGUGAUCUUACUCUCCCACCGCUCCGUCAUCUUGAGCUUCGUGGUAUUUUUCCAGAUACAUUACUUUUCGCAUAUUUACCUACCAGCCUUGAAUCCCUUACAAUAUCAGGUGGAGUGGCUAGGCCUAAUAUCGUCACACCAGUUCCCAAAACAUUCUCGAAUCUACACACACUAAUAUGCAGUGACACUGGGUGGCUCAGCGCUUUGAACCUUCGGACGAUGCUCUUCGAACUACAACUUCCAGUUCGAAAGCUGUGCUUGGAUCGAUGCUUUGGUCUUGCUUGGCUUGACUUCACCGAGAUUGUGGCUGAAAGGGCCAACAAUACUGCGCUGGUAAACCUGCAGGAAUUCAGUCUUACUCAUACCCAGUCGCUGGACGACACAUAUGCGAACGUGCUGGUACAUGCAUUCCCUAACCUUACGCUGCUCGAUUUAUCCUAUACCUCUAUUACCGGCUGCACAAUCCGGAUGAUCGCCGAGUCACGAGUAUCUGGUUCCGUCAAGAUAGACUGUCUGAUCUUGAGGGGCUGCGAAGGCAUAUCAUCUGAUGCUGUAUUAUACGGCCGCGAGCAAGGAUUGGAUGUGGUAGUCUGA